AUGUUGAAAUCCGUAAAAAUGUGGACGCAUAUAAAAUCGCGUGACGGAGAAACACUCGAACGUUCAACGCGAGGUUCUUUACAAGGUGUAAAUGUCGAACGCCAAAUCUAUACCGUCCAGACGUUUACGGAUUUCGAACGUUUGUGUUCCAGAUUCGCACCGUCCGAGUGUUUACGUGGACCCGUCGACAAUCGCUCGAAGCACAUUUUAAACAUUAAAGAAGAUUUUUGUUUCGGGCGGAGGGGGGGAAACAAAAUCAACCCGACAAUAUUACACAGGGCCGUCGGCGAACAUAUUCUAAUACCCAAUAUGUAA